AUGACCACCACGUACGACUGCAUCGUUGUCGGCGCCGGCUACUCGGGCCUAGCGGCGGCCAAGAGCCUGAAGGAGGCCGGUAAGUCGGUGCUGCUCCUCGAGGCGCGGGAUCGCGUCGGCGGGCGCGCCAAGACGCAGGUGCUCGAGGACGGCUCGUACUACGACUGUGGCGCGAGCUUCAUCGGCCACAAGCACGAGCUAAUGUACGGACUGUGCAAGACGUACGAUGUGGACAUCUACACGCCGCCACUCGACGGCAAGCUCGUGGUGCAGCACCGCGGCAAGGCUAAGGAGUACGCGGGCUUCCUGCCGCCGUUCCGCCCCUGGGAGGUGCUGGACAUGGGCCAGGCCAUCUGGCGGUUCGAGCGCCUCUGCGAGAAGGUCAAUGUCGAGCAGCCGUGGAAGACCAAGAACGCCAUGAAGCUCGACCGCAUGACGGCCGACGAGUACUUCCGCAAGAUCACGUACACAAAGGCCGGCAUGGCGAUGGUGGACCUGGGCAUCGAGUCGAUCCUGGGCACGAACCAGGGCCUCGUGUCCCUGCUGCACGCCAUGUUCUUCUUCAAGUCGAACGCCUCCUUCACCGAGGCGUGCCAGGUGGAGAACGGCGCACAGAAUCACUUCAUGGUGGGUGGCUCGCAGCGGAUCCCGAACAAGAUCCGCGAGAUGCUCACGGACGAGGUCGUGCGCCUCGAGGAGCCGGUGCAUGCUGUUCGCUACGGCGAUGAGUCGGUAGAAGUGACCACGCCGAAGGGGACAUACCACGCAAAGAAUGCCAUCUUUGCCGUUCCACCUCUGCAUAUCCUGAAGAUGGACUUCACCCCUCGCUUACCGGUCGAGAAGAUUACUCUCCUGUCACACAUGCCCAUGGGUGCCUACAUGAAGGUGUUCGCGACCUACAAGACCCGUUUCUGGCGCGAGAAGGGCUUGCGAGGCGAGUCGACAAACCCGCUCGGCUACGUCUCGGUGACCUUCGACCCGUCGCUCGAGGACGGCCCGCCGAAGCUGACGGGCUUCAUCGCGGGCACCAAGGCGCGAGAGUUCAUCAGCUUCAGCCCGGAGAAGCGACAGAAGAUCGCGCUUGAGGAGUUCGCCGCCAGCUUCGGAAAGGAGGCGCUUGAGCCGGAGAAGUUCUUCUUCCACACGAUGAUGGAAGAUGAAUGGAGUCUCGGCUGCCCCAUGGCCAACCCGGCGCCGGGGAUGUGGUCGACGCUGGGCCCGUGGAUGACCAAGCCGAUCGGACCUAUCCACUGGGCUGGCACCGAGACUUCAACAAAGUUCAUGGGUUACAUGGAGGGCGCCGUGUUCGCUGGACAGAGAGCGGCCGGCGAGGUCAUUGCUGCGUUGAAAUAG